AGCCAAUUUGGGCAACGAGAUCAGUGGGAUCCUCUUGAUCCCGGCCAUGCGCAGUGCUUUGCUUCUGCUUGGCUUGCUUUGCGUGCAGCACGGCGAGUCUCUUUGCCUACCAGAUGCCGUGCUUCCGCAGAGCCGCAAGAAUUUGGUGAGCAAUGGCGAGAGCUACCCGGUGGGCUUGUGGCCGGGAGACUGGGCGGCCGCCACCUUGGUCACCAAGCUGGUGAAGAUCCUGACGGAGGAGAAGCUGGGUUUCAACGUGUCCGUGAAUGGGCCAGGCGCGGACACACAAUCAGGAUUCUACGCGCUGAUGGGCUGUGAAACUCCCAAUUCCUUGGCGGAUCGCGGCUGCGGCAAGUCCGCUGUUACCUACAACCAUGCCAACCUGGAGGGAUGGACUUACAGCUAUCUCAACACCUGGGAUUACUAGCAGGCGACAUAUCCAUCCAUAGCCCCUGUCAAUUUGGGCAACAGCGGGGACAAUGUAUGUCUCAUCUACCACAUCAAGCAAUUCCUAUGGCAAUGAAGGUCUGGCUCUUUCAUACUAUCGCAAUUACAAUGUCAGCUGGCAUACACCAUGGAAGUACUUCUCCGGCCUGGAGUCUGUGGACAGGAAUCAUUUGGCGCCGUGCAAUCAAACUCGAUUCUACUCCAGCAGUCAAGACAUGAAGCUAUAUCGUGAUCUCACGAACGAUGCAGACGGGGUCGACCAGCUGCCGGAUGGCACACCUGGAUGCCGCGCAAACACGUCUCACUGCAUUCCGUUCUUUACUGGGGGCACUGGCUGGAAUAUCGAGGAGUGGAUGCAAAAGUCCACCAUUUGGAACAUGCCCAUUGCUGUGGCAGUGGCGGUAAAUUGGAGUAUGUUCACACAAUUGCUUCUGAUGCACGAGAGCAGUUUCUACUGGUGGACCCCGGAUCCUACUUUUUUGGAGUUGCGCCCGCACGCGAUUGUGUACCCGUUUUUCGAUGAGGCGGCUUGGUCUAGAGGAGAUAUGAGGACGGAAAACUAUUUGCAAUCCAUUGACAAGUACGUGAGCAAAGAUUUGGCACUGCUGGCCCCGAAUGUCCAGGAGCUGAUUGCGAAUUUCCGUAUUGACUUGAAAGCUCUCAACUUUUUGCUGCUGGAGAACAAGGUAUCUGGAGAAACCAUAGAAGAUACGGCUUGCAAAUGGCUGAAGGACAAUCCAGGCUUGUGAUUUCAUCCUCUCUUCACUUGGACCACAGCCCGGAGCAGUUCCAGGACUUCGCACAACUCUUCUCCACAGUUGUCAUGAGCCUCAUCGGUGGAGCUUUGUUGGUGAUGGCAUUCAUGACGCUAACAGCGUUAACUUUGCGUUCGGUGUAAAGCGCCCCCCAAAUGUCCUGCAGAAAUUUGGGGGGGACUUCAUCGAGAAAACGGGUGAAGCAAUUUGGGGGUCAGAUUGGCCUCCUCCAAGUUUUGUAUUGGUUUAGUAUUGGUUAAGUAUUGGUUUAGUAUCGCUUGGUGUCUGGUGAUGAAACACCUGGCGCCCCGAGUGGCGAGCCAAAGCCCUGGCGACCGCGAUGGUUUGCGAGCAAGAGUCCUGGACUCUGGCUUUACUGAGUCAAUUCGGUCUGAGCAAGCUGCCCGUUUGCCAUGCAGCAAACCCAGAGGGAGGCUGGACGGAGUUGUUCCGAUUGACUGACCAGUCAUCCUAGGCCGCUGCGGCAUUUUCCGGGAGGUGCACUUGGCGCAUCGAUGUGCCGGAAAAGGUUCACCUUGGAUGCGAAGUCUGCCAGCAAGAGACCAAGUCAGCCUGGCGGCGUGUGUUCCAACCUUGGCACAGGCUUUGCGACCGAAGGAGCAGGGAUGGGAAGUGCAUGUUUCUGGUGUUUUGUUUCCGCCCUGCACAGAGCCGCUUU